AUGGUAGAUCUCUCCUAUAUUCAAACUUACAUUGACAACUUUCAACGCGUUCCAUUACUGGGAUACCCUAUAGCGUUAAUUAAAAGGAUCAUGGUCUCAGUCUUAAAGACUGGACCCUUACCAUCCCAUAUUGGAUUAAUUAUGGAUGGAAACCGUCGUUAUGCAAAAUCAAAAGGAUUGAAACUAGAAGAUGGACAUUCUGCUGGGGCGCAUUCGUUGGCAGGGAUUUUGGAAACAUGCUACAGACUCACUAUAACAGAAAUCACAAUCUAUGCCUUCUCAAUUGAAAACUUCAACCGCCCGAAAGACGAGGUUGACACGUUGCUUGGUUUGCUCAGAGAUAACAUUAAGCACUUGCAAAGCUUCGAUGAUUCAUAUGUACAUAAAUAUAAGGUGCGUGUGAAGGUUAUUGGAAACAAAUCAUUGAUUCCAGAGGAUAUUCUUGCCGACCUCACAACUGUGGAAGAACGCACCAAUCUCCCAGAUUACGAACGAAUCUUAAACAUUUGCUUCCCUUACACGUCAAGAGAUGAUAUCACAAACGCCGUUAAAGGAGUGUCCAGAAGCAUUGAGUGUCAUAAAAUUUGCAAGGAAGAGGUAUGUGAGAAAACCUUGUCGGACCAUAUGUACAUGGGUGCUGAUACCAUCCCUCUCGACUUAUUGAUCAGAACAAGUGGCCACUCUCGAUUGAGUGAUUUCAUGUUAUGGCAGUGUACUGCGAACUGCAAGGUAAAGUUCAUCGAUACAUUGUGGCCGAACUUCAAGUUCUUGUCACUUUACGGUAUACUCCUUCAAUGGAGCUUUCAAAAGCAAACGGAAGAAAAUGAGAAGAAAAGGGCAGAUGAGCAAUCUGUAGUAUUAAAGCAUGUCGAUCUCCUGGCACUUCCUAGGCCGCCUCCAUUUGCAUGCGUGGGGCAAAUCUCUUGA